AUGAAAAGAUCAAUCUAGAUAUUGCCGAUGAAUAUCCCUGGCAGAGAGGCUCCCAUAGUAUUGGAAAUAAAUGACACUGAUUUAUUCCAUUUCCAAGCCAAAAAAAAGGUUGCUGGUAAUUUAAUUGAUAUAUCAAUAAGAUUAGGUAAAGAAUUAAAGUCCAGAUGAAUUCGUGUUUUAUUCAAGAAGUAAGAAUUUAGUUGUCCAUGAAGACGAUAGAGUAUCAAAGUAAAAUUUGUGUAUUGAUCAUUUAGACUCUUCUUAAACAAAGAACAAAAUGAAAUCGAAUUGUAUUUGACAUCCAAUUUAAUCAAGAAGACUGUGUUAGGAGAAUAAGGCAACGAAUAAGUAGGGGGACAGUUUCAGAAUAAGUAGGAAAAUGAAAUCUAGGAAUUGAAAAAAGAAAAUAAAAUUCUAUAAGCCAAACUUCAAGAAUACAAAUCUGGCAAUAAAAUUUCAUUCCAUGAAAACUAGGAGACUGAACUCCAAAAUUAAUUAGAAUAAAUGAAAAAGGAGUUUGACUACAGAUUAAAUGUAGAGGAAGAACACAGAGCUAAUAUAAUUUAAAAGUAUAAUGAGAGCUAGAAUGCCUAGACCUUAUUAAAGAAAGAACUUAUGUAAAAAGAAAAAUAAAUUGAUGACUUAAAAUAUCAAUAAAGGCUUCUAGAGGCAGAAAAGAAGUUCUUGGAAGAGUAACAUCAAAAGGAAAUUUAAGAAAGAAUUAAAUCACAAGGCGGCAACAAUUAAAAUAAUAAUCAAUUAGUUGAAGUUAAGUUUGAUUUUGAAAAAUUAAAGGCACUAUACUCAGAGGAAUAGUUUGAAAGAAUCAAAGACAAAGAAAUUAUAUCUUAACAGAAAAAGCAAUUACAAAAGAUUGAAAACAAUUUUCUGAAAAAGAGUGAGGAAUUUCGUGAAGGAAGAUCUCUUUAAUAAUUGGAAAUAUCAAAGUUGAACGAUUAAUUAAUAAGUGUUAAUGAAUAAUGUUAUAAUUAUAGAAAUGAAAUUGGAAAAUAAAAAAAGGAAAUUGAUCAUCUCGCUUAAACCUUAGAGUUAAGUAAAAAAAAAAUUGGUUAAUUGGAGAAAGAAUUGAAUCUCAGUUAUGCAGAAAUCAGUAACUUAAAGAAAAGUGAAGAAGAGAAAGUAACAGAAAUCAAAAGGAAAGAAGUACUUGUAAAUGAAAUUAAAAAUUCAAAAGACGUAUAAUAAACUAUCACGGUUAAUUUAGAGCAAGAAAAAUCAGAUUUACAAAAAUAAUUACAAACAAAAACAGAUCGGUGCAGAUAGUUAGAAGCAGAUAAUGCACUUAAAUCAGCUUAAAUUAAAAAUUUAGAAAGUAGAGUAUAAGAUGAAAUUGAUGCAAAAAAAAAAAUCACCGAGAUGGCAAAAUAGGAAAUGGAGAACUUACUGAAUCGUUUGGUAAUAGAAUAGGAUAAGUUAAAAGCUGAACAGUAAGCUAAAAAUUUAAUCGUCAAAAGAAUCAAAGAUAAUGCUAUAUUAAAAGCAAAAGACGAAAAGAUUAUUUCACCAACCGAGGCCCUUAUGAGAAAUAUACCAAAUCCUCAAUAAUUUUUACAGAUUGAGAAUAUGAUGACUAAAGAUGUAAUUGCUCAAGUUUCAAUAAUUAAAGUGGAUAAAAAAAAAGCAAUAGAGAGCUUAACUAAGUAAGAUCCUAAUAUUACGUAAUUUGUAAAACCAGAACCUGUAGGAAAUUGGGAAAUCAAAUAAAGUAUAGCAAUUGUAAUCAUUAAAUUAAUUAUCUUAGAAUGGAGAUGGUACUAAACGAAAAGGAUUUCUGAUGAAAAUUAUUAAAAGUGACGGAAAUCUUUAUAAUAAUUAGGUUUUCUUAAUUAAAUAAUUGACUGGGUUUGAGAAAAUAGUUUCUGUUGACAAGGCUCUUUAUGUUGCUAAAAAUACCUUAAUAGCUAAAGUAUUAGCCGAGAAUUUUUAAGACAGAAUUCAUGGAGUUUCCAAAAUAUUCCCAUAGAGAUUUUCUUACAACGAACUCUUUUUAUUAAAUAUAGAAGAUAGUAUGAAAACAAUUGAUUACAUUUUUAGACUAUUAUAUUGCUGAACAUGUGGAACAAGGAUAGUUUAUCAAAUUCAAUGGAAAAGGCGAAUCUAACCUUUCAGACAAAGAAUAAUAUAUAAAAAGUUAUUUUUAUGCUUUUUCAAUUUUCACUUACAUGGCGACUCAAAAAAUGUUAAUGGUGACAAAUAUCCAAGGAUUCUAAAUAGGUUUAGAAUACAUAUUGUGUGACCCAAUCGUCUCUUCGCCUGAGGGUAUAAUGGGAGAUGAGGAUUUAGCUGAAGAACAUAUCUUAGAAUUUGAAAAAACCUACUUGAGUAACCCAAAAAAAUAUGGGAAAGAGUUUUUAUCAAUUUUGGGAUAUUGAAUUUAAAUAGAUCAUGAAGAUGG